UGUGGGGCUGAAGAAAUGCCGUGGGUCCAGUGCCUAUGCCAGGAGACCAUGACCACUGAUGAGGCCACCAAGACCGAAGGGGAGGUGCAGGCAGUGGCCCUCACUGAGCGCGGGGAGGACAUCACACCAGCUCAAGACCGAGGGGUUCUGAAGAUCAUUAAGCGACCUGGGAGUGAAGAUGAGUCUCCCAUGAUCGGGGACAAGGUUUAUGUCCACUACAAAGGCAAACUGGCCAAUGGUAAAAAAUUUGACUCCAGCCGCGAUCGGAAUGAGCCCUUUGUCUUCAGCCUGGGCAAGGGUCAGGUAAUCAAGGCAUGGGACAUUGGGGUAGCUACCAUGAAGAAGGGAGAGAUCUGCUACUUGCUCUGCAAACCCGAUUAUGCAUAUGGCUCUGCUGGCAGUGCCCCCAAAAUCCCCGCCAAUGCCACCCUCUUUUUCGAGGUUGAGCUGCUUGACUUCAAAGGCGAGGACUUGUUUGAGGAUGGAGGAAUAAUCCGAAGGAUCAAGAGAAAGGGGGAAGGUUACUCCAACCCUAAUGAGGGUGCCACUGUGGAGAUUCAUCUGGAGGGAUUCUGUGGCGGCAGCAGGUUUGACUGCAAAGAUGUGAAGUUCAUUGUGGGCGAAGGAGAGGACCAUGACAUCCCCAUCGGCAUUGACAAAGCCUUGGAGAAGAUGCAGAGGGGAGAGCACUGUAUUCUCUACCUCAGCCCACGGUAUGGCUUUGGCGAGGCGGGGAAGCCAAAAUAUGGCAUCCAGGCGAAUGCUGAGCUGGUGUACGAGGUUACACUGAAAAGCUUUGAGAAGGCCAAGGAGUCGUGGGAGAUGGACACCAAAGAGAAGCUGGAGCAGGCUGCUGUCGUCAAGGAGAAGGGCACAAUGUACUUCAAGGAAGGCAAGUACCUGCAGGCAGUGAUUCAGUAUGGGAAGAUUGUGUCCUGGCUGGAAAUGGAGUAUGGCUUGUCUGAAAAAGAGUCAAAAGCCUCUGACUCAUUCCUCCUGGCUGCUUUCCUCAACUUGGCCAUGUGCUACCUGAAGCUGCGAGAGUACACCAAAGCUGUGGAGUGCUGUGAUAAGGCACUGGGACUGGAUCAGGACAAUGAGAAGGGCUUGUACCGGAGGGGCGAAGCCAGGUUAUUGAUGAACGAGUUCGAGCUGGCAAAGUGUGACUUUCAAAAGGUGCUGGAAGUGAAUCCACAGAACAAAGCAGCAAAAUCUCAGAUCUCUGUGUGCCAGAAGAAAACGAAGGAGCACAAUGACCGGGACCGGAGGAUCUACGCAAACAUGUUCACAAAGUUUGCAGAGAGGGAUGCAAAGGAAGCAGCUAGCAAAACCGGGGUGGAAAGAGUAGCAGAGAAGGCAGCUUGUGAAAAAGGACUGAAAACUCCUGGUGCUGAAGAUGAAGAGGCUGAAGGACACGUAUGAUGGAGGAGGAGGGGAUGGGAGAGCCUCCUGCCCUUGGCCCACACAGAAAAAGGUUUCUGCCAAACCUCGGAACUUGCCAGUGUUUUCUUGUAAAGCUUGUUACAGUUUGUGUGAUUGUGAAAGCAAAAAGAGCCCCGUAAAGAAAAACAAACCCUGUCCUACCGCCUGGGUGCGCUCGGGGACAGACCAGGAGCGGCGGAAUGCCAAGGGACCACCGCACGUGGAACAAAUAGCUUUUAAAGAGCAAGACAAAGAAAAAAGUAAUAAAUUAAAACUCUUACAUCUUGGGACGUUUCCAUAGACAGCUUUUCCCAGCUCCCUUGGCUUUAUAUCCACUGUCAGCACAGCAUCCUGGGUGCUCUGAGAUGCGCUGGGAUGUGGGACAUACUCCUUGUACGCUGCUGUGCUGCCUCUGGUUGUACCCGGUACACGACCGGGCUGCACCGCCCCGGCGCCAGCCCUGAGCACGCAGGGCAGCGCUGAGUCACGGGCACGGUGGGAGCCCAGGGCUGGCUGACAGGGAUGUGGCCCCCGGGGCUCUCUCACCCAUGGUGGCUGGCUUUCUCUCCUGCUGAAUUCUUGCCUGUGGCCAAAGGGGUUGCAAAGCGGAGCGAGGCUCGAUGUGAGGACCCACAUCACCUCCACUGCAGCCCCUCAGUGCAGGGAUGUAAUUUGUCAAGCACUGUUUGGGGAAGGGGACAUAGAGAUUUUAUCUUCUGAAGAAGCUGGUUUCUAUUUCUUUAGAGAAUAAAAGCCUAUCCAGGUUUGCAGGCACUCAGCCUGCAGCCUGCACCCCAUCUCUUGGCUCUCGACUUCAAAUGGGAGUUUUAUUGCUUAUUUGGGAUCCAUACCUAGAGAAAAUAAAGAACAGGUUGACGUGUGGUUCAGAAGGCAAGUGACUGGGUCUGAGCUGGUACCAUGGGUUUGUAGCUUGUCAGUGAGCUGCUUUCCCAUGGUGAGGAGGUGCAUCGUGUCCUUGCACCGAUAUUGCUGCCUCCUCAGCCAUCAACCCUCUCCAUCCUAAAGGGAUGCUGUCACUUCUGCGUGAGAACAGCUGUCCAGUUGUUAUUUUUCCUGUCUCUUUGUAAUAUGCCUUUUGGAGCUUGAAAAUAAACAACUGAAAGAAAAAAAA